CCCUCCUCCCCGCGGCUCUGGUACUGAAGCCCCGGCGAUGGCUGUAAGAGUACAGGAGGAGUGACGCGGCUCAAGCGGUUUUGUAUCAGAUUUUGACUGCGCAGCUGAAGGUGUGUGGAGCGUAGCCAUGAUCCUCAAAGACAAAAAUGUCAAUCGUAAGCGACUGAAAACGGCCCUUGGCAUCCUAAUUUUUCUUGCGAUUCCUGGUGAAACUGGACCAGCUGCAGCCCUUCGUCAGUACCUCAACAUACUUCUGCCAAUAAAAGGAGCGGAUCCAGCCAAGUCUCCAAGGCUCUCGAUGGUCGUGAUGCAGCCGCGCUAUUUCUACUGCGUGCUCUACCCUUGGUCACGGGUGAUCAACCCAGUGUACUGCAUGCGGCAGUACAAAAUAUACGAGGAAUACGUCCGACUUCAAAGCUCGUCCACAGCCACACCGGAAAACUUGGGGUACGAUCCUGGGCUCAUUGAUCCUAGGGCAGCGUCACUGUCUAACGGACGUACCGGUGGUCAGUGAAGCAUGACAAAGCGCGCGAAAAAAUUUUCGUAUGACCUUAGAUUUAAAUGGACAUUAUGGACAAAAAAACAAUAAUAGAGUUACACUUAUUAGAAAAUUAUACCUUUCUGCAAUACCACAAAUGCCACCACUACCUUGAGAGGAAACUUUCAUCAUCAUCAUCGUCGUCCUCGUCGUCAUCAUCAUCAGCCUAUUUUAUGUCCACUGCAGGACGAAGGCCUCUCCCUCCGGUCUCCAAUAGCCCCUGUCCUGCGCCAACCGAUUCCAAAUAGCGCCUGCGAAUUUCCCAAUCUCAUCACCCCACCUAGUUUUCUGCCGUCCUCGACUGCGCUUCCCUUCUCUUGGCACCCAUUCUCUAACCAUAAUGGUCCAUCGGUUAUCUUACCUACACAUUAAUGACCUGUGCAGGUCCAUUUUUUCUCUCAAUGUCAAUUAGAAUAUCGGCUAUUCUUGUUUUCCCUCUGAUCCACACCGCUCUCUUUCUGUCUCUUAACGUUACGCCUAACAUUCUUCGCUCCAUCGCUCUUUGGGCGGUCCUUAACUUGUUCUCGAGCUUCUUUGUCAGUCUCCAAGUUUCUUCCCCAUAUGUUAGCACCGGUAGAAUGCACUGAUUGUACACCUUUCCUUUCGAUGAUAAUGGUAAGCUUCCAGUCAGGAUCUGAAAAUGUCUGCCGAAUGCGCUCCGACCCAUAUUUACUCUUCUGUAAAUUUCCUUCUCAUGGUCAGGCUCCCCUGUGAGUUAUUGACCCAGGCAACCGUACUCCUUCACAGACUCUAUAGGCUGACUGGCGAUCCUGAACUCUUGUUCCCUUGCCAGGCUAUUGAUCACUAUCUUUGUCUUCUGCAUCUUAAUCUUCAGCCCACUCUUGCACUUUCUCUGUUAAGGACCUCAAUGCGGGUAGCAACAAUGCCUUGGAGUUACCGCACCAGCUCGCCCUGAUGUCUUGCAUCUUGAGGGCGUCUUUUCGGGCAUAGUUAAUGUCCUGAAUUACAAGACGGGCUAGGUUAUAUUCCAAAGGUGCCAAAUAUUGAACUUAGCAAACUUCGAGAAUCUCUGCUGCGCCCACAACGGCCGAAACGCAACAAUAUACUUCAACAUCAGUGAUAUCACACCUAAGCACUGAUACCACCUGUGCUGAGGUUUCGGCGCGAAAUUAUGAAAAUAGAAGCUCAGCUGUGUUUUCUCUUUUUCUUGUUCUAAUUAACCUUCCGCCAUGAAAUUAACCAACAUAUAUUUUUUUAGCGACUACUUUAUCACUUUUACCUUGCGAUGCCCAACGUAUCAUUUAUGCUACGCCGAGUUCGUUUCUCAAAAUUCUGAUUUAAUCAUUGAAAACUUAACUCGUAAACCAUAAUAGCGUUUUUUAUACGCCGGAGCGAAGUUUUCAGGUGCAGAUAGUUAGGAAAACCACUUGUUGAUUACAGUGGUGCAUCGGUGCAACUUAAUUCGUUCCGCGAGCGGGUUUGUCCUGCGAGGCGUACAUUCUGCGGGAUACGUUUUCCCAAUGCUCUUUUUAAUGCAGCGCAUCAUUAGUUCCCGGACCUUACCUAUUCAUGCAAAAAUUCAAAAAUAUUACAAGUUGAAAAAAAUUGUCAGUGUAUUUACCAAGAAAAGUGCAAGUUCGAUAUCGUGAGGGAAGUCCUGGAAGAUCGAGGAAAGGGGUACGUUCAAACUAGUGUUUAUACACAUCUGCACUUCUGUAGAAACGCUUCUCAACUCAACUCAGUGAGAUGAGGCACAAGACGCCUGCUGGGAGGAAGUUUCUGUUGUCUCUGUUCUAACCUUUCUUUUUAAAUAUCUAAGAAAGAAGAACAGAACCAUUCGCCAGUAUGCCGCCUUUCUUCAGCCCAUUUGGGAAUGUAAGGCGAGAGCCUCGCGAAAGCGAGGCUAGGCAAGGGAAAGUAAUGGCUCAGAAACAUGAAGGUCCAGUAAACGUGCAGUAAAUUGCGUCGGUCUGGUUCACUCUGCGAGUUCGGCGAGUUAAAAAUCACAAGCCAUCCAAGUUCACUCUGCGAACUGUUUUCUAAGCAAGGCGCCACUAUAGUUACCAUACUAACUAAGUUUUUACUCAUACUAUUACAUUUCAAAGUUUCUUUGUGUGUGUAGAAAUGCAGCAUACAUGGCCAGAAGUUACGGUGAACAAGUUGUUCAAUUUUUUAUUGAUAUGGAACUGAGCUUGGGCAUUGCAACGCUGAACUGAAUUUGUGUUUCUCUAAAGUGUCCCUUUAAAGUAUAACUAGCAGCACGGCGAUAAAUUGCACGCGUGUUCAGAACUGAAUUUAUAAGAAGCGUAACGGAAGUAAUUUAAGGAAUGUAGAUUUACUGGACGUUUAAUUCAUGAGCCAAUUUACACAAAAGCAGAGCUUUGGGCAGACACCUUCUUAUCGCCUAACUCUAAUCUUCGUAACUAUUCCCUGACGCAGUACAAAUGUAAUUGGAGAUUGCUAGGGGAGGCUUUCGUCAUGCAGUGGGCGUAAGAUAGGCUGAUAACGACUACCAAUUAUCACCUUAUCGUUUCGUUCAUACAAUGCAUCUUUAUCAGAAGCACAAAUGAUUAUAAUUGAAGGUGAUGCUCUAGCUGGUCCCAAAUGCAGCUGCCGUUCAACUGCACUAAAGUUAUGUAUACUUCUCUGUGAGAAAAUUUUUGUUCUUUCUUUCUGCGUGUACUAAUUGUACGGAUGUGCUUCUUACGCACAUUGCAACUGUGAGCGCUUGGACUGUGCAUAGCGUUAUGGUGGCCGAUUUUAACUUGAAAUGGUUCACGUUUCAAUUCCUUGACUGUCUACUCCUAUGUUGGUUUUUCUUCUUUCACACCUUUUAUUUUAGUUCUGUUCUUGUUUGUUUCACGUUUGUUGUGUUUUUGUUCCUUAGUCAUGGGGUCAGAGUUCGCCCUCAGUGUUUUCAAUCGGUACGCCAGAUGUAUAGCUUAGCCGAUGCGUUUACAACAGCAUUGACAUUGAUGGAAAAGAAUGACGUCAGUACCAACUGAAAACGGCCAAAGUUUUGUCUAUCGUGUUCUUUAACUGUAAGACAGCGUGAACACAUUUGUAAGGAAUCUUAUCAGAUGGCCACAGAAUCAAAUUAUCAGCUCCACGUCUCUCAGUGCGCUAUAGUUUUAACACGAAACAGACAUUAUAAAAAGUCGCGCAGAAAGUUCUUAGUAACGCAAGUACACAACACGACCACAAGUAUGCAUUGAAACGCCACUAAUAACUACUGUGAGAAAGCUUCAGCCUAACUUAGAUCUAUACCGUUACCAUAUUUUUGUAUCACACGUAUUAAGUCGUAGACGUGUAAAACACUGCUGUAGGCAAGUUCUCAUGAUAGUGCGUUCAAUUAGAAUACUUUUGUGAAAGCUCUUCCUUUGCACAACUUUUCCUGGUGGGAGUAAAAAAAAAUAAUUUUAGAAGGCUGCGUCGCUGCCGCAAUAUUUAUGCCAAAUUUAUAAGCAAAAACGAAAAAAAAAGUGAUCGCAUAUUGCAAGAACGGUUUGGUACACUUUGGUGAAGCAUGGCGUCACAAGUAGUGCCCAAAUUAACGAAGUCCAAUACUUGGACGAUGGCUCGCUAACAUUAAAGUUGUCCUGAAAAGGACAGCCUUUACUGGCGUGGGCCAAUUUGUUAGCAUAGACAUGUGUUCAAAGUGUUAGGGGCCUGUCUACUGUCAUAUACGCAAGGGGUUUUGUGCAUGAGUCCGCCUUCACUUGCGCUAUAUGACCAAAAGAUUUUGUAUCUUUGGAAUCGACAGUUGUCUAUGGCCGGUGACGUUAGCUCCUUGUUUUUGCUCUUUUACCUGGUGCGCUUUGUCUGUCCUGACGUUCUUUCUUCCUGUAUACAUUGUGGUCAAUGCAAUAAAGUCGCCACUGCGAACUUGUC